AUGCCUGCUAAAAUUCAGACAUUAAUGAGCGCGAUUAGGCGAAAGCCUGAAAGGGCCCCAGAUGGAAAAUCAGACCAGGAAGCUUCUGCAGAGGUGCAAAUGAAAAGAACCUCGAUCAGUCAUGACCUCACCCAUCUCAAACCCAAACAGGCCACGACAGUCGCACAUGCCAUCACAACACUUGCCUCGGGGAAGCCUCUGGACGACAAGGACCUUCUACUCGAAAAGGGAGUUUCAAUGCUUCAGACUCUGCCGCCCAACAGCGGCUUGAGCAGCACCAUCUCGGACGGGUUCAUCACCAUGCUGUGGAACGACCUGCCUCAUCCUGCCACAACGACGGCUGGCAUUACGGCAAGAUACAGGCAACACGACGGCAGCGGCAACAAUCCCUGGAUCCCGGAUAUGGGCAAAGCUGGGUCACCCUACUCUCGCAGUGUUCCUCCAACCAAGCCCAAGGGCCCGAAUCUUCCGGACCCCGAGUUGGUCUUUGACAAGCUGCUGCGGAGAACCGGGCCCUUUCGCCCACACCCGUCGGGACUCAACCGCAUGUUUUUCUCGUUUGCUACCAUUGUCAUUCACGAGUGCUUCCAAACCUCUCGAAGUGACCAGUGGAUCAACGAGACGUCGAGCUAUGUAGACCUGAGCACGCUGUAUGGCAAUACGGACAAGGAGCAAAAGCGUGUGAGAACCUAUGAGAAUGGAAAGAUCUUUGCGGAUUCUGUGGCCUCUGACAGGAUUAUGAUGAUGCCGCCAGGUGUAAUUGCCUUGUUGGUCAUGUUUUCGAGAAACCACAACAAGAUUGCCGAGGAUCUGCUGUCCAUCAACGAAGACGGAAAGUAUAAGCCCUGGGAUAGUCUUGGCGAGCAGGAAAAGAAGUGGCAAGACGAAGAUGUUUUUCAACUUUCUAGAAACAUCAACGUCGGGUUCUUUGCGUCUAUCGUCCUGAAGGACUACGUCGCAGCUAUUCUCAACACCCCCCGCGCCAAUUCAACCUGGUCCCUUGAUCUUGGGGCCGAAAUCAAAAAGUCUGGGCGGCGCAUGGAGCGUGGCAUCGGAAACGCCGUGUCGGUCGAGUUUGCCGUCCUGUAUCACUGGCAUGCCGCGCUCAGCUCGGCCGACGCCAAAUGGAUGGAGAACAUGCUGAGACUCCAUCUGCCUGAGCUGAAGUCGCUCGACGACGUCACGGUGGAAAUGUUUACAAAGGUCGCAAUGGCGGCGGAGCGCAACCUAAUGACCACGCCAGCGAAAGAAUGGACGUUUGGAGGCCUGCAGAGGGGUCCGGAUGGGAAAUUUUCAGACGUUGAUCUUGCUGAGAUUAUCAAGGAUUGCAUCGAAGAGCCGGCACACUCCUUUGGAGCCCAUGGGACGCCGGAGAGCCUCAAGGUGGUGGAUAUCAUGGGCCAGUUGCAGGCCAGGAAUGUGUUUAACGUGUGUACUAUGAACGAGUUCCGUCGAUUCCUGAACCUGAAGCCGUACGAGGACUUUGAGGAUUGGAAUCCGGACAAGGAAACCGCCAGAGCUGCGGAGCUCUUGUACGGCCACAUCGACAACCUCGAGCUGUAUCCCGGCUUGAUGGCCGAAGUGACGAAGCCCUCCAUGCCGGGAAGUGGCGUCUGCCCCGGACACACGACGGGCAGAGGAAUUCUCGAUGAUGCCGUCGCCCUUGUGAGAGGAGAUCGAUUCCUUAGCUACGACUUCAACAGCACCACCUUGACAAACUGGGGCUUUUCCAAGCUGCAUACACUUCCGGCCGGAGCGUACGGCGGAAUGAUGCCUCAUCUUCUGUUCAAUGGUCUUCCGGGCGCUUGGACUGGCACCUCGGCAUACGCACUGCUCCCGUUUUAUACUCCCAUGGCGGCGAAGGAAAUAUUGACCCAUAACAAGAGUGCUGAGCAGUACGAUAUGCAGCGGCCGGCUAGCGGUCGGGACAUUAUUGGCAUCCAUACGCACCAGGGCUGCAAGAAGGUUUUUGAAGACAGAGAAACCUUCAAAGUCAUGUAUCAAAAGGCCAUUCGCGAGUGCACAGACGGACACGACUUCAUGAUUGGAUGGGACGAUGCCGAGCGACACAGCCCGCGAUCAAAAUUACUCCACGCCGUAUUUUUCGAGGAGAGCUUCGAGCAAAAUGUCGCCAACUUCUUCCGCACCCAUGCCGCCAAGCAAAUUGCCGAGCAUUCGGUGACGUACUCGUCGAGUAAAAGAAGGUCUAUCGACAUCGUCCGCGACGUGACCAACGUCGUGCCCAUUCUCUGGCUGGCGAACCGGUUUGCCAUUCCCCUCAAGAGCAAAGACCAUCCCCAUGGACUGUUGACAAUACCCCAGACCUUCAUGGCCUACCUCGUCCUUUUCAUGUAUCAGAGCUUCAACAUCAUCCCCGAAAACGAGUGGGCCCUGAGGGAGGGAGCUACAACCGCGGCACAAACUCUCCGCACCGUUUUUGACGCCCACCUCAAGACGACGCGAGGCGUGAGGGAGCGUGUCGUAGACUGGCUCGCCAAGAACAGCGCAUUUGAAGUCAGCCCCGAUGCGCACCGACUCUACCACGCCCUCAACGAGUCCAAGCUGCCCAUUGGCGAUCUGGUCGGCGACUGCAUCGGCAUGGGCGCCCCGGUCGCCGGCAACAUUACCCAGCAGGCCUCUCUGCUGAUUGACCUGUUUCUCAGCAAAGGAUACGAAGAGUACAAGGCGCGCAUCGUCGAGCUCGCCCACAAGGACGACGAGGCGUCGGAAAGGGAACUCCAAGGCUUUGUGUUCGAAGGCAUGAGACACGCCGGCGUCGUUCCGGGCCUUCCGCGCGUUGCGGCCAGGGACGUCACAGUCGAAGACGGCGCCCGCGGGCCGGUCGAUAUCCAGAGCGGGAAUACGGUUCUCCUCGCGACUUCCAACGCCGCCAUGGAUCCUGUGGCCUUUCCCAACCCGGAGAAGUUGGACCCUCACCGCCCCUUGGAGGACUAUACGCUGCUUGGGUGCGGGCUACACUAUUGCUUCGGGUCGAGAAUGGUGGGUGCGUCGCUUGCCGCCACGCUGAGGGAGGUGUUUAGGUUGAAGAAUUUGCGGAGGGCGCCGGGGAAGCAGGGGCAUUUCACGGUGGUUCGUCACACGUUGGCUGGGGUUACGAUGAAGAAGUACCUUGAUUCUAAUGCGAAGGAGUCUCCGAUACCAAGUUCUCUUACGUUGGAUUACGAUGCCGAGUAA